AUGGGCGGCACACGACCCCGAAUUCGCGAUCUCGGAUACAGUCCAGGCCGCUUCAAGCCCGGUCCAAAGAACUCCCUCCUCGAUGUCAAGGGCGUCACGGUCGGCCAAGUAACAAUCCACGAAGAGCCGGACGUCCACACCGGCGUCACGCUGAUCUUCCCGCGCGGCGUCGACGGAACCCGCCAGACACCCUGCUACGCGGCCUCGCACGACCUAAACGGCAUGGGCGAGUUUACGGGGACGCAUGGGAUUGCGGAGUGGGGGUUUACCAAUAGCCCAAUCGCGUUCACAAACACAGUGAGCAUCGGCAAAGUCUACGACGCGCUCUUUGCCUUCCAGUUCAGCCAGGCUGAUUCUCUCGGCGAAAAUGACGUCGAGGCCGGGCGGCGCAUGACGAUCCCCGUCGUCGGCGAGACAUUCGAUGGACUCCUUAACGAUAUCCGCCGCUCGGUGAUUGAUAAAGAGGUUGUUUACCAAGCCAUUCAGGCUGCGAAGUCCCAAAGCGAGAUUUUAGAGGGGAAUUGUGGUGGGGGCACGGCGAUGCGGUGUCAUGGGUGGAAGGGGGGGACGGGGACGGCUUCGAGGGUAAUUCCGGGUAUAGACGGGAAGGAGUAUAUGCUUGGGGUUAUUGUGCAGGCGAAUCAUGGCGCGAAGCUGGAUUUGAGGAUUGGGAAUGUUCCUGUCGGUGAGCUUUUGGAGAGGGAGAGGAGAGAGAAGGGGGUGAAGGAGGUGCGCUUGCCUGCUGCGGGGAGGGCGGCGGAGGGGAGUAUUCUCGUCGUCAUCAUUACCGACGCCCCUCUCCUCCCACACCAACUCCGCCGCAUCGCUCAACACGCCGGCAUGGGAAUCACCCAGGUUGGCGGCCACUCCGCCGGCCGCAACGCCUCAGGCGAGAUCUUCCUCGCGCUCUCGACCGGCAGUGUGCCCAACGAACUAGCAACGGGCUCCAGCGGCUUCGAGUACCUGCCGCCUCUUGAAACGCAUAGAGUCGAGACAUUGAAGAACGAAGUCAUCGACUCGCUGUUCUACGCGACGUCGGAGGCGGUCGAGGAGGCGAUUCUGAAUUGUUUGUGCAAGGCCGAGAGCCUGAGGGGGUUUAAGGGACGAUAUACGGAGGCGUUGCCGGUUGAACGGGUGCGGGAGUUGUUGGGGAGGUACAUGGUUAGGCCCGAGGUGGAGUAG